AUGGCUCACGACCAGCGGCGAAUAUACGUCGGAUCGAUGUCUAAGCUGCUUGCAGAAAAUCCACGGGAUUUGGAGCAGCGAUUUGAGAAGUUUGGGAAAGUAGUCCGGGGUUUUGAGGUACACCAUAAAGAAGUGCUAGACUACUAUUAUGGAUACAUUACAAUGCAAAUACCCGACGAUCAGUUCAAAAAUCUCAUGCGCUCCUUUAAUGGCGUCACCUACAAGGGCUCAAAGCUUGCCAUACAGGAAGCUAAACCGGCUUACAAAGAAAGAUGGAUGAAAGACUAUCGCAGACAAGAUACUAAGAUCAAAGAUAGACAGAUCAGGGAGCGCAUAGCACAAUGUCGAUUAGAGAGAAUUGCACAAAGGGGUUUGAAUCCAUUUGAGCUCUCGAAUAUAGAGAAAGGAAGAUUGAGACGGACUCCUAGAAAGACAAGUCUAGCCAAGUUGACGAUGAGAACAUACAUUAAGGGCACGCUUAAAAUUGUGAGGCCCCGCAAAACCAAAGUCUGGGGCUACAACAAGAACAAGCACCCCGUGGAUCUUGUUUGGAGAUACAUUGAUGGCGAAUGGAGAGAUGGUAACGAUCAUACCGUGGAGAAAGUGAAAACAGACUUUACUUUGGGAGAGACAGAAAAUGAAAUCAAGGACGAGAAAGAGCGCACAACCAAGAUGUUGGAGUCCUGGAUGGACUCGUUUGAUUUUAAUAAGCCGGUUGAUCUUAGUGACGACGAAGGGCUCGCACAGAAACCCGAUUCCAGAGGUCGCGAAACCCAAGCGACUACUGAGGUUGCAAACAAAGAGCCGGCAGUGGUCGUUUUCGACGAUGAGAACACAGUCGGAGCAGCCUCAGAUGAGCAGAAAGAUGAGGAUGAGGAUGUGGAUACCGAGUUUUUGCCAUCUUUCCUGCAAAAAGCAAAGCCUGUCGAACAGAAGGAAGAGCCAGCUGUCUCCAGCAAAACCACUGAGGUUCUGAGAACGCUGCUGAAUCCGACGGAGCCGGUCAAACAGCCUGAAUACGUGGAGUCCGAGGUGGCAGCCCCUGUGACUGGUUCCAAAAAAUACGGACUCUUUUUCUCGCACUCAAAGUCACCUUUCAUGAGUGCCCAGACGCAGCUGGCCACUUUGAAGACUGUCGAGAUCGGUGAAGAAUACGACAAGUGGUUUUGGGAGAACCGUGGAGACCUGAACAGGUACUUCAGAAGACGACGCAGAGACGUUCUUCGGCAGGCGAAGAAAGGAGGCCGCGUGGCUCUGAUCUGA